AUGGCUGUUAGUACAUAUAAUAAUACAAAAAGGAGUGCUCUAAGAUGUGUCCUUAAAAGACAUAGCCUUCUAUCUGUUGUUGCUAUCAUUUGUAUGUUAUCAUUGAAUUUAUCAAUAUUUGAAUAUAAUAAUAAUAAUUAUGGAUUCCAUUGCGCCAAAAGAAAUUUUAAAAGUUUAGCUGAAACAGAUUUAAACGGAAGUACCAAUUUAAGAUAUUUUUUGACAGUUGAUGAAGUUAAGAAUGAAGAGGAUUCAUCAAGUGAGCAAUUAAAUAAGUUUGAUUUCAAAAAAUAUACUGCUGAAGAAAUAAAUGAAAUGGUUGACAAAUCUGAUGAAUUUAUAAAUAGAACUGAUAUGCAUAUAAUAUUUAGUUUUGUACACGAUGCUGAGAUGGAAAAAUUUAAAAAAGUAGAAGAAAAUGUAUUUAAAUUUAUUGAAAGUAUAGCAGAAACAUAUAAAAUACCUGAUGAAUAUAAAGAGAAAAAAUUCAGACGUGCACACCUUGAUAUGCAAGGAUAUUUAAUAGAAAAAGAAAAGUUCCUUUUACAAUAUUCUUAUCUUGCUUUAAAUGGUAAAAUGUGUGAACGUAAAGUUUUUAAAGAAGUUUUAGAAUAUGUAAAAGAUGAAUGGGCUGAGUUUAGAAAAUUAAUGUUUGAAUUAUGGAAGGAAAAAUUAGCUUCUGAAUUCAGAGAAUAUGGUGAAAUGUUAAAUCAAAAAAGAAAAAUUAAACAACAUGAACUUGAUAGAAGAGCACAAAGAGAAAAAAUGUUAGAAGAACAUAGUAGAGGAAUAUUUGCAAAAGGAUAUUUAGGAGAUGUAGAAUCAGAAACUGUAAAGAAGGAAACGGAACACCAUGAAAAUGAAUAUGAAGAAAAUGUCGAAAAACCAAAAGAGCAAAAAAUUGAAGUUGAAGAAAUUACUGAAGAAGAAGUUAAAGUUGAUGAACCAAAAGACGAAAUCACAGUAGAAGAAGUUCAUUUUGAUGAACCAAAAUUACAACAACAAAAAGUCGAACCACCAAAAUUAAAACAACAAAAAGUUGAACCACCAAAAGUACAACAACAAAAAGUUGAACCACCAAAAGUACAACAACAAAAAGUUGAACCACCAAAAGUACAACAACAAAAGCUUCAAAAUGGAAAAGGACAGAAACAAGCAUCUCCAAAAGCAAAGGGAAAUGAUCAACAGAAAUCAAAAAAAAAGAAAUUUUUUUAA